AUGGCGGUGCUUGAAACGAGUAUGACAUCCAAGACACGUGAAAAUGCAAAGAAACCGCCAAAAAAUAAUAAAAAACAAGCCAAAAAGGUGCUAUUGGUGGCCCAAGAGCUGAAACUCGCCCGAGUUUUGGCCGGAAAUAAUAAAACAGCACGAGAUAGAGCACUGAAAAGUUUGAGAAAGUGGUUCCAAAACAGGUCGACAGCAAUUCCUUUCACAGAAGAUGAUUUUUUACGACUUUGGAAAGGUCUAUUUUAUUCCAUGUGGAUGUCAGACAAGCCUUUGGUUCAAGAAGAAUGUGCCGAAAAUAUCGCAAGUUUGGUUCAUGCGUUACCCGUCGAGGGGGCUGUCUUGUUCUACAAGUGCGGAAUGACGAUUUUAAUGAAUGAAUGGUUUGGGAUUGACCAACUCCGACUUGACAAGUUUUUGAUGUUUGUGCGUCGACUUCUCAGACAGGCCUUUUUCAUCUUGAAAAACCAAAACUGGGGCCGCGAUUCAGCCCACAAGUUCUCUGAGACUCUCUCAGAGACGAUUCUGGACCCCCAGCGACAAAAACCAAUGGGGCUACUUAUGCAUUUUGUAGAAAUUUAUCUCGAGGAGUUAUCUAAAGUCUCGGAAGGGAAUUUGCCGCCUCAGCUGAUGACUGAACUUUUAGCCCCUUUUAUAAGACAGUUGGCAUUUAGUGACGAUCCUAGAAUCAUUGACCAUAUCAGAAAACACAUUUUUGUAUAUUUGAUAAGACAGUCGGAUUUGGGUUUGGAAUAUGACGAGAAAUACAAAGCUUGGCGCGCUUUGAGGUUUCCAGGGACCAUUGAUGCUAUGCAAAAAGUUGAAGUAUCAGACGAUGAGGAGGCUCCUGAGGGCGAAGAGGAGACAGUUUAUGACCCAAGAGCGGGAAAAGUCAACGUGAAUUUACCCCAGUUGAAAUUUCACCCAAAAGCUAUGUCGAAGGCUUUACUAGAGUGUAGGUUUGCGAAAGAGACUAACUCCAAAUCGAGGAAAUGUCUAAGUGAAUUAGCUGAACAUUUUAGGAAAUUAGCUUCAGGGACUUACCCACUAGGUGUGAAAAAAGUUAAGUUAGCGUCUGACGAUUACGAUACAAAUAUCAGAAAAGCGGUAAAUAGGUUAGUUAAGUUUGACAAGAAAAUUAAAGGUACGAAAAAUCGGAAACGGAAGCCACAGAACGACACAGUCGAGUUGAGGGGAGGAAAAAAAAUCAAAAUUGAUGAACAACUACGGGAAAAAUUCCAAGAUGACUUAGUACGUGUUAUGAAAAUGAAACGUAAAUUGGGUGAUAAACCUGAAAGCCCUCCAGAGAAACAAGCUAAAGAAGAAACAAAACUACAAGUUGAAUCGAUUUUUAAACGUAAUUCCGGGACUUGGUUGGUUACUAAAGCCGUUCAAAAGGAGCCCAACACCCAACCUGAUACCUCUCAAAACCUUGAAGAGUCACAAGAGGGAUUAUUUCCCAAAAAUAAAUGGGAGGAUUCCAAUCAUACAACUGAAGAGGUGGAAAAAAGCUUGAAAAGUAAAAGAUUGAGUUUGCCUACAAUACUGAUCAAAAACCCGUUUGCUAACUCGACUCCAGUCAAGAAGGUUAAAAUUAAUACCAAGUUGAAUAGGUCACAAGAUGUCCAAGAGCACCAUGCCCAAAUUUUGAGUUCACCGCAAAUCCCAUAUGAUGCCAACAAAAAACCGUCAAAGCCUUUACUAAAGACUCCGACAAUGAAAAGCCCAAUUAAUCCUUUUUUUGCUUUAUAAAUUGAUUUUUACAAAAUAUACAUUGAUUUAAUUAA